ACCAUACACACGCCUGCCUCCUGCGCUCCGUUUUCUAUACACUAUAUCUGCGUGCAUUGCAAAGAUGUAACUAUGUAAAUUAUCGCAAAAUAAUUUAAAAAACAAUACAAGUGAUCAUUUUUAAGACAAUUUUAAUUUACAAGCUUAAUUUCCCAAGAAGUUAAUUUAUGUAUAACUAACACAUUUCGAGUGUCGAGAUUUUCACAGUAAAACAAAAUUAGCAGUGACAUGAAAAGUGGAAACAAGGAAGAACUCGUCUAUUUUUUUUAAUAAAUUAUGAGCACAAAAAAGUAUUGUCUGCUGGUCUUUAGUGAGAAAGAGAUGAUCAUGUAUGGUGUCUUACGUUACCAGCACAGUUAACAGGCAAACAAAAAUGGUUCGUCACAGUAAAAACUUAUACGAGGUAAGAAACAGAGAGAUAUAAGAGGUAUACGACCAGGCAGUGAGCUACAGCCACAUACAAAGGAAUACUCUACUGUACAUAGCUCGGAAAUAAGCGAGGUUCCACAGCGGUGACAAGUGACCUUGUCAAUAACUCACGCUACAGCAGCAGUAGCAUCAGUAGCAUCACUAGCAGCAUCAGCAGCAGUAGCAUCACUAGCAGCAUCAGCAGCACCAUCAGCAGCAGUAGCAUCAGUAGGCGGCUCAAGAAGGUGUGUAGCAGGAACUGAUGUGAGGAAAGAUCAACCCCCAUUAACAACCACUUGUGUCGUCUUCCACUGCAAGGUACCUCAGCUGGUACGUACCCGACCCAUCCUGUGACCCACCACACGUGAUCUACCAGGUCAAUCACUGUUCCCUGGGAGUGCCAAGGCUCCCUGCAGCAUGGUGCUGACACGAGUGUUGCUUGGCUCCCUGCUAGUGCUGCUGGUUCAUGCAGAGUCGCCAGGCAGCGAUGGUGAGGAACCGGGAAGUGACCAUGUGUUACUGAAGUCUGACAACACCACGACCACACCUGACCUGAGUUUAGCAGCUGCCCACACUGCCAUCCUUGCUCUUCUCUUACAACUCUCCCAGCCUGGGAACCUCUCACAGCUGGAGACCACCAGACGGAGCCAGCGACAGAUCCGCUUCAAGAGCUCGUACCUGGAGCUUCCUGCAGGGUUGCAGGGGGAAAAAGGACAGGACACGGAAGAUCUUUCUUACUUCAUCCAGGUUGAUGUGGUCGACCCUCCCGCCAGCACUGCCCUCGCCUGGCUCCCGGAGGGUGCCAAGACGUACUUCCCUCCACAGCUCUCACAACCACAAGUGCCACAGGGAAAACAGAAAGAUUCUAACAACACUAUCACAAAGCAGAAGGCAGAGCAAGUUGAUUCUUUUUCUGCUGGAGUGCCAGGUGGGAACCAGAGAGCAGCGAAGUCACUGCAGGACACCUUGUCUAGGUCCCAGAUAGACAUUUCACCACAUUCUGAGGAUCUGAGCCAGAAUACUAACAAGUUUCACUUUGUGGAGCACAUGGAACUAGUGACGUCACCCUCGACUACUACAGUAGUGACCUCUGCCCGUGAGGAGCCGACCACUAAGAAUCCCAACCUUAUAGCAAAAGGGAUCUUAGUGUCUUCAAGUUACUCUUCUUAUUCACUGUCUGACUCUCAACCUUCAAAGGAAUUCACUAAUACACAGAGUCAUCCAGUCUCUUCUGUUACUCCUUCAUCCACUCCAUCCUAUUUCAUCGAGUCCUUUUCCUCGAUCUCACAUCCAUCUUCAGAGUCUCCUGCUCCUCGCAACAAAGAUAUUCCCUCAACUUCUAACUAUUCAUUUUCUACGCCACCUUCUUCGGUAUCAACUCCGUCACCGCCAAGAGCACAUUCUUACUCAAGCUACUUUACUACUGCGUCGCCUGCUGCAUUACCACCUCCAGUAGACACAACUUCCAAUUCCAUUCCCAUUUUCUCCUCCACAAGGUCUUCUACUUUAUCAGAGACCAACUCUUCUACCUUACCUCUUACCAUCCCAUCUUCCUUUGUUUCACAAACAUCUGAAACAAUUACAACAUUUCCUUUUCUAUCAUCAAAACUAAAAUCAUUUACUAAGCCUUCCCGCUUGUCACUGUCAACGACUAAGUCGUUUACAGCGCCUCCUCCCACGGCUUCAAUAAAUUCUAAAUCACUUUUAAAAAAUUCCUUUACACCUUCUAAGUCUGUGUCAAACUCUUACAUCGAGGCUCCCACAUCGGUAACAUUUUCCUCCUUUCCUAAAACAUCCAUUCUGACCGAUAAAGGAAUCCAGAAGCCCAUACACAAUCAUUCACUAUCUUUAAAUUCGGAUUCAAGAGCUUUUUCUCCGCCAGUAUCUUUUUCAUCGUCUUCCAUCGGCGUCCCUCAGAAUUCCUCUGAUCUGUUUCUUUUGCCUUCCUCUACAGCUCAACCCAAACGCAUUUCCACACGUUCCAAAGUUCGAGGUAAAAUCUACUCUGCACCAGCACGUUCACAUAUUCCCUCGUCUCUCAGACUCGAGGCACAAAAAUCCAAAACACUGACCAAAUCCCUCAGCAAACACCGUUUUCGCCCGGUCCAAACAUCAUACAACAUAGUCAGACAACAGUCGAAGUCCAGAACUAACUCAAGGUCACUUUCUCACAGCCGCACCAGCCUCUCACGGCUUGCCACAGUUCCGAAACAAAAUUUAAGUCGUGGUGGUGGCGGUAAAGACACUUCAAGACCCGAGACGCCAGUACUAGACGGUAAGACACGAACUGUAGGUAGCUCAGAUGUGCCGUACACCGGUUCGAUACCCGGUCGCGGUGGUAUAGACUAUCCGAUCCUCCAGAGCAUACCAAAGACAGGUUUUGAGUGCUCCAGCAAGCCGUUCGGAGGUUACUUCGCCGAUCCAGAGACCAACUGUCAGGUGUUCCACGUGUGUUGGGAUGGUCGUAGCGCCUCGUUCCUCUGUCCGCUGGGUACACUUUUCAGUCAGCAGCUGCUGGUAUGUGACUGGUGGUACAACGUUGACUGUUCUUCGACACACUCCCUCAUUGAUGCCGCUGCUGCCAUCUGGAGUCCAACCACUCACUCCAACUAUCUUUAGAUGACCAAGCCGCCGUCUGGAACCAGCUGUGAAACCCCGGGAGCACAGAAGAGCCAGCUGGAGGCUGUUCUCUAUUACCAAAGCCCAUCCUGGACACCAAGCAGAGAUCAAAUGGUCGUUAAAACGCUGCUCUUCAACCACAUCAGUGUAUUUGUAGGCUCACUUGCUGGUUAGCUGCGUGUGAGCUGCAGAUAGCUGGUAGCUUGUUGUAGCUUGUACCUUGUACCACCACCCCAACGUGUGUGAGCUGCAGAUAGCUGGUAGCUUGGUCUAGCUUGUACCACCACCCCAACGUGUGUGAGCUGCAGAUAGCUGGUAGCUUGGUCUAGAUUUUACCUUGUACCACCACCCCAACGUGUGUGAGCUGCAGAUAGCUGGUUGUUUGGAUCAGCUUAAAAGAGUCACAGUUCCGCGACUGGAACAAUACAAAAAUAACUCGCACAUACCUGGAGAGGGUUUCGGGUGUCAACACCCCCGCGGCUCGGUCUGAGACCAGGCCUCGUCUCACAUAGGGUUAUACUAGUAUUGUUCCAGUCGCGAAAUUAUGACUUUUUAUUCAUUGUGUAUUGGGUUAGCCUGAUGGGAGAGACCCCACUCCCCCUUCUUUGCUGGCAGAGACCCCCCUUCUCUGUUGGCAGAGACCCCACCUUCUCUGUUGGCAGACCCCCUCCUCUGUUGGCAGAGACCCCCCUUCUCUGUUGGGAGAGA